AUGUCGUGCGCACUUGUAAUCGGUGCCACCUCGACACUGGGUAAAGCUGUUGUCCGAAGAUUGGCAUUCGCCGGGUAUAAAGUGGCCGCCACGGGAGACUGCCCUAAUAGUGUGGGAAAAGUCGCAGAAGACAACAAAAAGGUCUGAAAAAGCUUGGUAAAAAUGGGAGGCUGGAAUGUUUAGGUCGGAGGAGACGUUAGUGCAUUUUCAUUGGACACUUCUAAUCCAGAGCAUCGCAAAAAGCUCAUUCAAAAAGUUUCCGAGAAAUUGGGCGGGCUAGACACACUUGUCAUCGUUCCUCCCCAGAAUACGAUAGUUGGAGAUUUAAUCGAUAGUUCUGAAGCAAACUUUGAUAAGGUUCGUGCUCGUAUCUCUCCGUUUUCAUAUGUUUCUCAUUUUCAGAUGUUCUCUGACGCACUGACAAUUCCGUUCCGAAUCUCACAAGCCGCACUUCCGACUCUUUCUGAGUCCAAGUAAUUUGGUGUUGUUCUCAGUUGAAAGGAAACACAGGUUUUUCUAGAAACGGAAGCAUAAUCUAUCUGGCGUCGUGCUUCGGCUACACUCCAAGCAUCGACAUGGGACUGUUUUCGGUGGCGUCGAACGGAGUGCUCGGAUUGACGAAAGCGGUCGCAUCGAGUGCUGCGAAGAAAGGAGUCCGUGUGAACUGUGUCGUGUCGGGAAUGGUGGAAGGAGACGGCACUGGCGCCGUGUGGGACAACGCGUCGGGGGAAGAAGCGAAGAUCAUCAAGCAACAGCUGGAGUCGAUGAUUCCGUUGGGAAGGGUCGGAAGACCGUCUGACGUCGCCUCAUACGUCGAAUUCCUCGCUUCUGAUAAAGCCAGGUCAGCAAAUAUUCCUGUUUUCUCUCCAAUUAGCUUGUUUUCAGGUAUAUCACCGGAGAGAACUGUAUCGUCGGAGGUGGAGUGUCGUAUCGUCUGUAA